AAAAAAAAAAGGGACAGAAAAAAAGGACUCCAAAAACCAAACAGGGUUCGCUGUCCAGUAAUAUUUCCCGUCAGCCGUACUGUAGAUAUCUUCCAAUCGUCACUAAUUAUCACGUAUAUCGCACACGCAUUAUUCAUUUAUCGCCUCUCAAUUUCUUCCUCUUUUUGUUUUUAUUACACAACCCGGCUCGAUACAGCGCGACACAAUGCUGGACGAGGAAAAAGGCGCAAAGCCCAUGUCGGGCAACGACAGCAGCUCAACUGACCAGCUGAACGAACUUGAACCUAAGCGCAGUUUCCUCAGCAGAUUUUCGGAAGAUCUCGACCCACGGUUCGUCUGGGCUCCUCUUCUCGUCUGCUGUUUUGCCACUGGUCUCACUGAUGGCACUCUUUAUAAUGCGUACGGCACUUUCGUAUCUAUGCAAACUGGAAAUACUGUUUUCGUAGCCCUGGGUACAUCGGGGCAGAACAAUAGGCCUUAUGGUUGGGCUCGCUCUUUGACAUCUAUCGGCUCCUUCAUUAUAGGCUGCGUCUCGUUCUCGCGGUUCCAUGCCCUGAUAGGGCGCGGCCGGCAGCGGCGCACGGUGGUCCUAUCGUUCUUGAUCCAGACCGUCUUCGUGGCGCUCGCCGCCGGCAUCAUCCAGGGCGGGUUGAUCGAUGGGCGGUACCCGUCGAGGCGGGACCCCAACGACGUCGACUUCGCGGAGCUGGCGCCCAUCGCGUUGCUCUCAUUCCAGGCGGCCGGCCAGAUCGUGAACAGUCGUGGCCUAGGCGUCGCCGAGGUGCCCACCGUCGUCAUCACGACGCUGCUGUGUGACCUUGUCAGCGACCCUAACAUCUUCGCGCCCUUCGCGCAGAACCCCAAGCGCAACAAGCGCGCCGUCGCCUUCACGCUCACCCUCGUCGGCGCCAUCGCUGGUGGCUUCAUCUCCAAGGUUACCGGCCUCGUGCAGAACAGCUUGUGGCUUGUCGCCGCCUUGAAGCUCUCCAUCACCAUCUUCUGGGUCUUCUAUAGCAAGGAGAAGAAGGCGUAGUAGCAGAAGAGAGGCUGUUUGUCACUGGCUGACUAGUGCAUAUUGAUUCUCAGCUAUUGCGCUGUCGCGAAAGAGGUAUAAUAUAUAUAUACAUAGAGUGGUGGAAGCAAGCAUGGAAGGGGAAAGAAAGGCAU